AUGAUGAAAUUUCUAUUUAUUUUCUUGUUUCUCCGUGUGGUUUCUUCGGAUAUUUCCCUAGAAAGAAAUGAGCAAUUGAUCCAGGCGGUGGCCGGUUUCUGUACGAGUUCCGAUGGAUAUGACAGUGGAUUUUGUGUGGAUUAUGCAAAGUUGAGAAGAGAAAGAGCCACCCCCAACGCCACCGUAACCACCCCAGAAGAAAUCGUAAACAAGACACUCUCCGCAGAAACGCCUGCUCCAGUGAAAGCAGGACCGGGUGAAAUUUUAUUCAAAGAGGGGAACAAGACGACGCUAGUCGACCCGAAUGAUACCACUGAUCCAGAUGAGGAGUUGGAGGGAUUGACCGCCAAGCAAAUCCAAGAUGAGUUACGGAAAAUUAUCCAAGAAGAGCUGGCGAAGAAGGCGAUUCAGAAGACGUCCCCAGAUGAUCCGGCAUGCCGAAACCUACGUGACGAGUACGAUGAAGUGUGUUUCGCCACCCCACCACUCGCCGCUUUUCAAGAAACCAAAGAAUUCUGUUUGGCUUUUGUAAAGAAUUGUCAGAACUCACUGCUCACUAAUAUUUUCACGAAUGUUAAGAGUUUCAAAAUCGACUUCACCGCUUACUGUAAGAAGCAUAGAGAGCGAUUCCGUUACGUUUGCCCGGAUCCGUUGAGAUUUCAGAGUUUCGCGGAGAACGCCGUCGACUUCUGUGUCCGCUACCAAGACCGCUGCCCCGCUGAGCCCGUUCCCGCGGAGCCCGUGAAAUUCCAUCGAAAAGACGAGGGACACAUCUACACUCGAGAAAUCGAGUUCUGGUGUACUCGAACGAAGCGUACCGCAUAUAAUUAUUGUACGGAGCCGGAUUUGUUGAGAGUCUACAAGUAUGCAAUGUUCUGCGGAAUGUAUAAGUACGCGUGUAUUGAUAUUUAUAAGAGAGUCAUCUAUGGAUGA